GAUAACGCCAACUGAUGCCAACUGCCGGCAGUUUUAUUUGAGCACAAUGCCGAAUCGUCCGACGCGGAAGAAAUAUCGCCGGACUCGACUCCAGUGCUUCCUGGCAUUAUCCCUAUGGUUCCUGAUCCAGGCUCACCCCGCCGAUGGAACGCGGUGCAGGAAACCCUAUGAGAGGGUGCAGGAAAACUAUUGCUACUUUGUUGCCAACGAGGAGCCUCUGCACACUUCGUUCCACAAUUUCUGCUACCAGGACAAGCGCACCUCACGAGUUUGCCUGGAUAGUGACGAGAAAAUGCGGGUUCUAGCCGAUCACCUGACCAACCUGGGCUACCGAAACGGAACCCAGUUCUGGAGUGCUGGGCAUCGGUGGCCUGGUGACAACCGCUUCUACUGGAACUACUUUGGAAGAGCCCGACCACUCAACUACUCCAACUGGGCCUUGGACGAGCCGACGCCCCAAAUGGGUCGCAAUUGCCUGAUUCUCACUCUCCGAGGCGGAGAACUCAUCAUGAGCAGUGAGUCCUGCUACACCCGAGCGGUGGAUAUAUGUGAGCAGACGCUGAACGGAACGGACUCCCGGCCCGUGAUCCACUGAUCGCCAGAUAUUUAUCCCUAUUUCUACUAGUGUACCUAGCUAAACAAAAUAGAAGUUUUCUAUUUCUAUUAUCUUUUUUGAGUGCUUCUCGAGGAAUAAUAUUAUUUCUUUAAUCACGGCUAUCACGCUUUAGUCGAGUGCCUCGAAUAUCAGAUACCCGUUACCCAAAAUGUUAAUAUGAUUGAGAUUCGCAGUGUUGCGAAGCAAACUACUUAAAAAUUGUGUACUCCCAUAUUCGAAUAAGUGUAAGAAUUACAAUUGAAUUACACAACACUUAG